AUGGAGUUGUGUAAUCCGACGACUGGCCAAUGUAAAUACUGUGAAAACGGAUUUUAUAAGGAUGGUGUUACCUGCAGACGUUGCCCUGCUAAUUGUCUGAAUGGUACAUGUAACGUCAUGUCAGGUGUUUGCCAGGCCUGUGAAGAUGGCUCCUAUGGACCAUUCUGCAAGUCUUGCUCUAGUGGAUGUGUUAAUCCCGUCUGUGAUAAGAAAUACGAAUGUGUGUCUGGAUACUACGAUGCCAGGUGUGAUAAAAAGUGUCCAUCUAAUUGUUUGACAUGUGUACAGACCAGUGGCCAAUGCACGGCUUGUGAGCCAGGUGCCUUUGGUAGCGAUUGUAACCAGUCGUGUUCGAAUAGUUGUGCAAUUGAUGGGUGCCAUCAGGACAAUGGUUACUGUUUAGCUUGUAAGACUGGCUACUAUGGACUUGACUGUAAGGAGGAAUGUGGACAUUGUAUUGACGACUCAUGUGAUAUGAUCAACGGUUCAUGUAUCUGUAUGGAAGGCUGGGGAGGGAAAAGGUGUAAUGUUACAGUUGUGUCCACUCCAGAAGAGGUGGACGGUGUUUAUGUCGGCGCCGGAGUUGGUGGAACUGCAGUAAUUGCUCUCGUCUCUGUAGCGAUAUUUAUUAUCCUUAAAAGGAAAAUAUCACCAACGACUGCAACCGACUCCUCCCAUUGCAGUAACAAAACGUCCGACAAUUUAGAAACGAAUCCGGACAAGCAAGAAAGGGGCUCAUUUGAUGAGCCAGCAAAGGAUAGAAGUGCUAAGGGUGAGCUUCUGUUAGAUUUCCGUGUCAGCCAUGAAGUAACUGAAGACGAAUGUGAACUAGUGUAUAUGAACUUGCGUGACAUUAGACUGGACGAGGAAGUGGUGUACAGUAAUAGUCACGUGUCGCUCGUCCCUGUCAAUGAAUUGAGGACAAUAAUUGAUUCCAAGAUGGCUAAUGACUCAGAAGCUUUUCAGGAGGAGUUUAAGACAUUUCAGAUGGGAGCCAUCCAUCCUCAUGAGGAAGGUAAAAAGGCAGUAAACAGGAACAAGAACAGAUUUAAGACUACAUUUCCAUAUGACCACUCGAGAGUUAUAUUGGAAAGAAGCAACAACGACACGGAUACUACAUAUAUCAAUGCUAAUUACAUUGAUAGUAUUGACACGAAUAAAGUCUACAUUGCUAGUCAAGGACCGAAACCGAACACUUUGGACGAUUUUUGGAGGAUGGUGUGGCAUGUUAACUCUGGGAAGAUUGUUAUGCUGACGAAUCUGAUAGAGGGAACUAAGAUAAAAUGUCAUCAGUAUUGGCCAGAAGAAGGCGAACAACUCAACACAGACACCUUUGAGCUGAAACUGGAUAGGGAGAGGAUAUACGCAUUUUAUGUCCUCCGUGAUAUCUCCAUCGUCAACAGGAAGACCAAAGAGGAACGUCAGGUUCACCAGUUCCAUUUUACCACCUGGCCGGACCAUGGGACUCCGGACACACUGGAACUCGUGCUGUUCCAUCGUCGUGUGACUUUAUAUGAAGCACAGCUACCGGGGCAGAUGGUCGUUCACUGCAGUGCUGGUAUCGGCAGAACUGGAACUUUUAUUGCAUUGGACGCACUUCUCGCUUCUGGCAGGGAUACUGGGCAUGUCGAUAUUCCGAGUUAUAUCAGAAUCAUGAGAAAGGAUAGAAUGAAUAUGAUCCAGACUUAUGAACAAUACAUUGCCUUACAUGAGAUUCUUGUGGAAGGAUUCAACUUGCAAGACACGUACAUUUCUCGAUGGAAAUUCCGUGCUGUUCUGGAAAGUUUAACCUCGGAUAGCAGACCAGCUAAUUUUACCAAACUUAACAAAGAAUUUGAGAAACUGCAAAACUUUAAUCCAAACUACACCUCUAGCAGCUUCACGUCUGCAUUGUUGAGAGAAAAUGAAGAUAAGAACAGGGAUUUUGAUAUCCUUGCUGUGGACAAAUUUAGAGCAUUUCUGCAAUCACAACAACCAAAUAGAGCAGAUUACAUCAAUGCCGUCAUAAUACAGUCCCACACGUCAAGAUUCGGCUACCUGAUGACGCAGUUUCCUUUGAAGGACACGGUGGAUGAUUUCUGGACGAUGGUAUUUGAUUACAGUUGUGAUAAUAUCGUCGUUAUAGGCACACUGCCAGACGAUCAAUGGCUUCCUGACAAGCAAUUGUCAGUCGGAGGAUUUGUGGUACAAAAGCUGAAAGAACGGUCCACAAACUAUGACAUUGUCAUUGCUGAUUAUCAAGUAGCAAACAAGUUGUCUACACGUCAGAAAACAGUCCAGAUUUUCUUCAUGAAUCAGUGGUCGUCCGAUUCUUUGCUGCCUUCCUCCAGCUCACCUUUACUAUUACUCCUGGAACAGCUGGACAGCAGGCGUCGGUCAGAUAAUACAAAACCUGUGGUCGUUAUGUGCCGGAAUGGCUGCACGCAAAGUGGUUUGUUUUGUUGUAUAUCAAACGUCCGUGAUCAGAUGAAGAUGGAUGAUGGGGUGGAUGUAUUUCAGACGGCACGACAGUUGAAACAACGGCGCCCAGAAGCCUUAAUUGACAUGAAACAAUACGAAUACUGCUAUAAUGUCCUGGGACAAUACUUGAAUUCUACUGAUGUGUAUAUUAACUGA